AUGGCCACAGAAAAUGGAAACCAUCAACAUCCACCCUUCUUGGGUGAUCUUGAUCGUCAAGGGCGUCGAAAAGCCUACCCACCACGACCAGACCCCCUGCUGAUUGAUCCUCAUGGGAUGCACAACGCUCAUCCGACUCGGAUAAUGUCUCCACGCUCUCCGCGCUUCCUUCCGCCCCGUUCGCAUUCACCUCUUCCUCCGCCAGCAGGCUUUCCGACACAGCAUCGAGCAAAUGCUCCACCCGGCAUAUCCCAGGCCAGGGGUAUGAGCCAUGCACCACACUUCUCAACAACCGCCGAUCGAGGGCCGCCGGGGCGGUACUAUCACGAGGGCCACGAUAUGGACAUGGAUCGGCCAAACCACCGCAACGCGCCCCCCCAAAGAGGUGGCCUUCGAAUCUCGAUGUCGACCUCGCGGCUGCCGAACCGGCGCCCCCGGCGACGCAUGUCCCCUGAGCGGGCACAAGAUGCUUCCGCGCAUGGCCUGCCUUUGCCGCGAUUCCCGUCAAAGGGCUCCGCCGAAAGCGACGAGCUACGUACCAGCUUCAAUUCCACAGUGACUUCGCGAUCUAGCAUUGAACAACAAUCCGGUACCGAGCGCAGUAGUGUGAUUACCAAAGGCAGUUCUAUUACCGACCUAUCCCCGGACACACCGGACGCGCCAUGCGAACUAGAUCAAGGUAUGAGCGUAGAGGACGCGAUCUCAAUGUACCUUGAUGGAUUCAGUGAUGUGGCUGAGGAACCAACGUCGCCGACCUUGGCAGCAGCGGACGAGGAAGAAGUAGCCACGUCUCAUCAUCCGACGCAUGAUACAGGACUCGAGGAAUGUGUUCCUCCACCACCGACCUCAAACGACCACGAAUCCAUCAACUCACAUCCUACACCGCCGCUGGUACAGCAACUCGAUGAAGUCAGUGCCAAUAAAGGCCCGCCUUCGAUUAUUGAGCACUCGCCAGAGCUUAUCGCUUCACCGGAUGUUGUACCCUCACCCCAUACUCCGUCUUUUCCAUCUGCUGCAGAUGACUCUCUCGAGCCCGGUUUGAAACCUCCGCUCAAAACGUCCACACCCUCGUUGAAAGACCAUCAGCGAAAGCCUUCCAAAAUCAUAAUUCCUGGCAAAGUACCCCCACCACUUGCUGCAGCCAACACCACCCGUGACGAGUACGGAUUCCGGAAAGCGACUCAGUACGUCACAUUAGAUCAGUAUGAAGCUUGGAAAUCUGUAUAUUCCCAGUACGCUUCGCAUCGGCGAACGAAGUGGCAUGACAUGAUGAAAGAGCACGGUCUUCAAACUACCAAUCCUACCUCCUUUCCUGUCCAGUCGUCCAAAGUCAAAAGGUUUGUUCGAAAAGGGAUUCCCUCCGAGUACCGAGGCGCGGCAUGGUUCUGGUACGCCGGCGGGCACGAGCUUCUCAAUCGCCACCCUGGUCGAUACGACCAGCUCGUGGAUGAAGUCAUGUCGUCGCCUACAAAUGACGAUAAAGAGCACAUUGAGCGAGAUUUGCAUCGCACUUUCCCCGACAAUCUUCAUUUCAAGCCCGAGCAACAAUCAGACACGAGUGGGUCUUCAAACCCCAACACCACCACUGAGACGCAGAUGAUUCAAUCCCUGCGUCGUGUACUAUACGCUUUUGCGCUCCAUAAUCCAAAGGUCGGCUAUACACAGUCGCUCAAUUUCAUCACGGGCAUGCUUCUACUUUUUCUCCCGGAAGAGAAAGCGUUUUGGAUGCUUCACAUCAUCACCACUGGCUAUCUGCCUGGCACCCACGAGGUGAGCCUGGAGGGUGCUAAUAUUGACUUGUGGAUCCUCAUGGUCUUACUCCGAGACUCAAUGCCAUCCAUCUACGGCAAGAUCUCCAGUAUGGAUGGCUCGACAACCAGUCGUGGCAAGGCACCGGCCUUGAACGUGAAUUCGCGACUACCCGACAUCACGCUUGGCCUCACCAACUGGCUCAUGUCGAUUUUCAUUGGGACGCUGCCUCUUGAGACGACCCUACGUGUCUGGGAUAUCUUCUUCUACGAGGGAUCUAAAACGUUCUUUCGAGUCUCCUUGGCCAUCUUCAAAGCUUGCGAGAAAGAUAUCAUUGCCGUUUCGGAUCCUAUGGAAGUUUUCCAAGUAAUACAGACGGUGCCCAAACGGUUGCUAGACGCAAACAGUCUUCUUGAAGACUGUUUUGUUCGUCGCCACCGCGUUGGGCAGGGGCGCAUUGAAGAACUGCGAGCCUCGCGGCGAGUUGCCGUUCGGCAAGAAAAGCUUCGGCGGUCCGUUGCGUUCAGCAAAGGCCAGAUUCAGUCUGCGACCGACAACUUCCCGAAUGAGUCGCGAAACCGAAGCCCCGAUCUUGAAAACCGGGUCGCCACGUCCUGGCGCAACCUCAGGCAGCAUGCUUUUCACCGAGAACCCACUCAAUAA